UUAUGUGACUUAAACGAAAGUGAGACUUCAUGCACGCGUGUUUAAUCCAGGUGCAUCCUGACUUUCCUCCUCCUCAGGUUUCUUCUGUCUUCUCCUUCAUCGCAUUCUUCUCGGAGAGCCAAUCAGAGCUCGCGUACCUGCAGGAAGUUUGACCCGUUAUUCUCCUCCCUCAGAAAACAUCAUCCCCUCCCUCACUAGUGACCUCCCGCUUUCGCUCAUCGCAGACUGCAUGGAAGCAGAAGUCCACGAGCGCUGACAUCAGAAGUCCUCCAGCCAUGCAGUUCCAGCACUCGCACGCGGCUCUUUACGCGCCGACGCCCGCGCCGCCCGCUCACCCGACGCCCUUCUACAUCGAGGACAUUCUGGGCAGAAACGCGUCCGCGUCCGGUCCGGUGGCGCCCACGCUGACCCUGCCGUCUCCGAACUCGUCCUUCACCAGCCUGAUCCCGUCUUACCGGAGCCCGAUCUACGAGCCCACGCCGAUCCACCCGGUUCUGACCCAGCAGGCGCUCGCGGCCACCUACGCGUCCAUCUACCCGUUCCAGCGAGACUUCACGCACGCGCUGAUCCGCCACGACCCGCUGGGUAAGCCUCUGCUGUGGACGCCGUUCCUCCAGCGGCCGCUGCACAAGAGGAAAGGCGGACAGGUUCGCUUCUCCAACGACCAGACCCUCGAGCUGGAGAAGAAGUUCGAGACGCAGAAGUAUCUGUCUCCUCCCGAGAGAAAGAGACUCGCCAAGAUGCUGCAGCUCAGCGAGAGACAGGUGAAAACGUGGUUCCAGAACCGUCGGGCGAAAUGGAGGCGACUGAAACAGGAGAAUCCUCCGAGCAGUAAGAGAGAUGUGGAGGACUCGGGCGAGCAGAGAAACUCGGACAGAUCGAGUCCAGACGUGAUGCGCGAGUCUGACGAGUCUGAGGAUUCAGAUCAAGAGCUGGACAUCGAGGAGGAUCCACACUUCUCCAUCAACCCUCAGCUAUGAGUCCAUCUCAGCACUGUACAUACUGUAUCAUACUGUACAUUUAGUAGCACAAUUAACUUAAUGGAUGUGUAGAUUUCGAUCCAAACGUGUAUCUGGUGUCUCGUGGGAAACUGUGUAAAUAUUUUGUGUUAGUCAAUAAACAAUAUUUUGGG